UUUUUUUCUCCUUCCUUCCUUCCUUCUAACUUUUGCUUUCUCUCUUUUUGAUCUCUGACCUAAUUGUCUCUCUUCUCUCUUCUCACUUCUCAAUAUCUCCCUCUCCCUCCACCACCACCCACAAACCUAGCUAGCUGCUUCUCUCUCUCUCUCUCUCUCUCAUCGUCUUCUCUUCUUAGAUCUCUCUGUCCAUAGACUCAUAUUAUUCUUGACACACAAAUAAUAAUAUAGCUGCUGACUACUCUAGCUACAAGCAAGCUCAAGAUAAGGAUAAUAAUAAGAAGCAAGAAGAUUGGAGAAGUUUGAAUUUGAUCAUAUCAUAUCAUAGAAUCGGUGGAUCAGCUUAAUCAAGAGUGAAUAUAAUAAUAAUAUAUUGAAGCAAGGAAGAUGACUCCAGUGAAUUUGGCAGGGCAGUUCGGAGACACCACAUACACCAAGGUUUUUGUUGGAGGCUUGGCUUGGGAGACUCAGAAAGAGACCAUGAAGAAAUACUUUGAGCAAUUCGGUGAGAUCUUGGAAGCUGUUGUCAUCACUGACAAAGCCACCGGAAGAUCUAAAGGCUACGGUUUUGUCACGUUUCGCGAACCAGAAGCUGCCAUGAGAGCUUGUGUGGAUGCUGCUCCAGUAAUUGAUGGAAGAAGAGCUAACUGCAACCUUGCUUCUUUGGGUGUCCAGAGAUCUAAGCCUUCAACCCCAAAGCAUGGAGGAAGUGGAAGGAACUUUAGAGUAAUGGGGUCUUUCCAGACAGGGUUUGGAGGGGGAGUGGGAUCAGCUUUUCCAUCGGCAGCAACCUUCCCUCAUUAUGCUAUCCAGCAAGGGAUACCAUAUAACGUUUAUGGGUACUCUCCUUACUCACCGGAUUACACUUACCCCACGAGCUACUACAGUGUGUAUGGAGGUGCAGCAACAGCACAGUACCCAGUGUAUGGAACGGGACACGCUGGAGGAAUGAUGACGGGUGCCGGGGCAGCAGCGGCGGCGGCAGCAGCCACGGCGUUUUAUCCGUAUAUGCAGUACGGAGGAGAAGGGAGUGGCGGAGGUGGAUCAACCGGCGGGAGCUAUACUACUUCAGGGCAGGGUUAUGGUGUGAAUUAUCCGCCUCAUCAACUGUUUCAGUAUUCUCCGAUUGCUUCAACCGGUGGCUAUGCUCAGCACUAUGCAACUCCCAUGUCCCUUGCUCCUUCCCCUGCCUUGCAAUCAGGCGUGACAAUGGCUCUUCAAGCUCCAAUUCCUCAUCGCUAGAGACUUAUAAAAUGAAACACUAAGCUAUGUCAUCCCAUCAUCGUCACUUAUUGCAUGCAUGCUUCUUCAAGUCUCUCAUCAUCAUCAUCAUCAUCAAUCAACCUUUUGGCCUAACCAUGGUGCUCUCUUUCACACACACGCACUCUUCCACACUAACACAAAACAAAAGUCCAUCAAUGGCAUUUGGGCUUUUGCAUAAGAUGCCCCCCGUAGGGGCUCAAAAAGUUACUCCAUGCAUAUGAAAAGAAAAAAACAAACAAGGUUGCAUCUUUCAAUGGAAGGUUCCAUGGAGUGAACCAAAAAUAAAGAUGCAAUCUUUCACCAACACAAGCUAUACGGAGAUGGCUUGGGAAGUUGGAAAAAGAAUGAGAAAAAAAAAAAAAACACUUAGCCCCCGGAAAAGGCUAAGUCAAAAGAACCAUCUUGUUUAACUUGAGUCCAAGGAGGACUAAGUCAAAGUCUAGAAUGGUUUCAAAAACUGUAAAUUUUGAAGAUCAAACAUAGAUAGAUGAUCAUCAAGUAGAAGUUAGUUAUGCAAAAAUAGGUAAUCCCUCCAAUCACCUCUCUGCAUGAAAGAGGAACUUUUUUUUUUGGGCAAUCAUGGACAUUUGGAUGUCCCAGUUUUUUUGUAUGGCAACAUCUAGCUACUAGUCUUAGCUUUUAGUAUUAGGACCAAGUCGUGUAUUCACAAAAUGUUUUUUUUUUUUAUUAAAUCAACUUCUUCAUUUCAAUUUUCACUAAGAAAAAGGGUUUAACCAACCAAUUAACCAUGUUCUUCCCUUUGGGUAAGGGAAGGCAAAAAAUGCAAUGAUUAACUACUGUUUUUGUUUUUAAUUUCCUUGUAAAAAUUCAAUUGCGGCUUAAACUAUGGGAGUUUAAGCCCAAUACUAAUGUUUUAGGAGGGGUAGAUUAGGAUCAUGUUGAGAACUGCAUCAAUGGAAUGUGGAACUCAAAAGCACUUAUUAAUUUGCAUGUAACCCUGGGAGAUAUUUUGGAAUUCCCUUGGGUACACUUCACUUACUCACCAACCAUGGUUAGGGCAUAGGUGAAUGAAUGAUCUCUCUCAUCAUCACUCUCAGUCUUCGUUCUUCUGUCACUCUCUCUUCCUCUAUAUUACAUCGAGAUUAUGGACCUUGAUACUCGGUUAUUAUUAAUUAUAUGGUUUGUAUUGCAUUGUAAUUAGGAUGCUAAAAUAGGAGAAGAAUUAAUUCCUUCUCUCUAU